UGCGACGCCCAAAAUGGCUGCCCCCAGGGCACAAUGAGCCCGCUCCGGCCGCCGCCGCCGCCGGGGGGGGACGCGGGCGGGCCGGCAGGGCUCCCGCCGCCCGGGGCUGAGCCGGCCGCUGGCGGCGGGGGGAGGAACCGUAGCGAGCCAGGAGGAGGGACCGGCCCGCGGUCGCUUGAUCUGCGUGGCCCCACCGGGGCAAGUUAACGGGAGAGAGAGAGAGGAGCCGGCGGCGGGAGCGCGGGGGGGUGCGGGGGGGUGUGGGAUGUGGGGCGCCUUGCUGCGGCGCGGGGCCCGCGGCGGUGGCGGCAGCCUGCGGGGUUUGGCUUCGGGGGUCCCGCCCUGGAGCCAGGUGGUGUCGGAGGCCGAGAAGAUCGUGGGGUACCCGACGUCCUUCAUGAGCCUGCGGUGCCUGCUGAGCGACGAGCUCAGCAACAUCGCCAUGCAGGUCCGCAAGCUGGUGGGCACCAAGCACCCGCUGCUCGACACCGCCCGGGGUUUUGUGUAUGAUAGCCGAAAUAAUUUACAGAUGCGAGGUUUGGUCGUAUUGCUUAUUUCCAAAGCUGCUGGACCCAGCACUGCAGAACUCUCUUUCCAGCACAACAUGGUCAGUGGAAUUUAUUCCAGUCAAAGAAGUCUGGCUGAGAUUACAGAACUAAUCCACACGGCUUUUCUGGUGCAUCGUGGCAUAGUGAAUAUUGGUGAGCUCAAGUCCUGCGAUGGCCCACUGAAGGAUAUGCAGUUUGGAAAUAAAAUGGCUGUUUUGAGUGGAGAUUUUCUUCUAGCAAACGCUUGCACAAGCCUUGCGCAGUUGCAGAAUACCAAGGUGGUGGAACUCAUUUCAAGUGCUAUCGGUGACUUAGUUCAAGGUAUAUAUUAUGAAAACUCAAAAUCAUCUGAGGAGAACUGUCUUACAGAUGAUAUCAGCAUAUCUGCGUGGAAGGAGCAGGUUUUCCUGUCACACAGUGCCUUGCUGGCAAAGAGCUGCCAGGCUGCAAUGGAGCUAGCGAAGCACAGCGCUGAGAUUCAGGACAUGGCAUUUCAGUAUGGAAAGCACAUGUCUAUGAGUCAUAAGCUACAUUCAGACCUUCAGCCGUUUGUUAAAGAAAGUUCUAGUGACACCAUGGCCUUCAGUUUGAAUUCUGCUCCAGCAGUCCUCCAUCAGGAAUUCCUUGGAAGGGAGGCAUGGAUUAAGCAGAUCAGAGAGGCACAAGGAAAAGGAAAUAUAAUCGACUACAAGAAGCUGCAGGAAGCGAUCAAGGCCGGCAAAGGUGUGACUUCUGCCAUCGACCUGUGCCGCGGCCACGGCAAGAGCGCGCUGGCGGCCCUGGAGAGCUUCCCUCCCUCCGAGGCCAGGGCCGCCUUGGCCAACAUCGUCUACGCCGUGACCAGGUUUCCCUGACCCCCCGCCGCCCCGGGAGGAGCUGCUCCCCCUCCGCCAGCGGGAGCGACCCGGCGGGGGACACCCGCGACGCCCCGCACCUCCCCGGCCCCGUGCGGGGAACGCGCAACGGCCCCCGCCGGCAACAUUCGGGAGGGGGGAAGCGAAAAAAAAAAAAAAAAAAAAAAAAACAAAAAAAGGUCACAGCCGGCUUUUGCUAUGUCGUGCCAGAAGCACACUUGAGGCUGCACUGGUAGAAAUAAUUAAUGAGUCCCGUUUCCGUGACCUCAGCAAAUGGACAGGAAAUAAAUCGGUAUUGAUUGGGCACCGGCGGGGACGGCGCCAGGGCGGAGGCCGGUGGUUUUCCUGCCCGAGGGAGGGAUGGAGGGAGGGAUGGAGGGGCGUGAAGAUCCAGGUGUCUCAAGAAACCUGCACGAGCCUGCCCGGAGAGAGCGAGCUGCCGGAGCCGGGAAUUAACGUACCCGCUUAUCAAGGGGAAGGGGCAGUUCGGGGGAUUAAGGGGGGAAAAUCCUCUCCCUGCCUGCCUGCAGUCAUGUCUCCUCACACUGUUUUUAUGUAUCCAAAUGUAAAAUUACCCUGUGCCUAAUGCUUUCCGUAUUUGAGAAACUUGCUGAGAAAAUGUGUCAAGCGUGGUAAGUAGGAGCUUUAAAAUAUUUAAUCAAAUAUUAAUUUGGCUCUGUUAAGGGAACUGAUUGCCUGGGUUUUAUACUGUGCGUAUAUAGUGUGUUGCUCUAGGUCAAAGAAUGAGGUUUCUCCAACUCUUCUGGGGGAGGGAACAUCCCUCCCUCGGAUCCAGCAGUUUGUUUCGACACGGUCUUACACAAAAGAAUUUCCCGGGUUUCUGACACUCGCGUUCAUUUAAGCCAAAUAAAUGUUAAUUUGUAAGGCUAGACAUCGGCCUUUGGCAGAAGGGAAGGAGGAGCGCUCUUCUGUGAGUACAGUCUUUCACCGCACUGAAUAAACCGCAGAAAAUACUGGAGAAGUUUUGAACCCCGGUGUGUUGAAUUUUAAAGUCCAAUUACAGACAGCAUAUAAGGUGUAUCAGAAGCCUGCAAUUUGAGACUGUCUCUGUUUUGUUCAUAGGAGAUGAUUUUUGCG